UCCACCGGGGUGGUCCAUGUCAGCAUCAAAAUGUCAACCGUUUGAUUUGCCAACCUCGUAAUAUGGACCGUCCGAUACGUUGAACUGGGUCUACCGCCCAGUCCACCAGCAUCCGAUUGCGCCGCCGCCUCUUCUCCACCGGAUCCGAGCUGCGCUGCCUCAACCGGGAGGAGGACGCAGUGGCGGGGGCAGGACACGUUUGCCCGCACCUCCACGCUGCGUCCGCCGCAUACACGCGUCUCGACAGGUCGCCGCCUCCGUGCCGCCCUCCCCGUCCCCCCACGACGCGCCACCGCCGGAUCGAGCCUCGCAUGGUCCUCUCCCCCUCGUCGUCGUCUCCCUCUCGUUGCUCUUGGCCUCUUCCUCACCCGGCGCAUGAAGAGGCGGUAGCCAUGUCGCUCCGAGCGAUGGAGCUCCACUCUGUGAGACGUGAUGCUGUGGGGAAGUGGCCGUCGCCGUGCUGCGAACAAGGGGCUCCGCUCGUGCGGAGGGCCGUGCCGCUCGCAACACCGGCCAUCGAAUCCAAAGGAAGCUGCUCGCUAGGGCUUAGGGGCAGCGACUGCAACAGAAUUAGCUCUUCGGUGGUUGUGUGGCUUCAAUCAGAGAUUUUAAAUGGAGCGCGCUUUAACCACAAGAUGGAUUCCGACCUUGGAAAAUGACUAGACUCGGUGUUCAUCUGCAGCAGGUAUACCAUAUGGGUUAUUUGAUUUUUGCAUUUGCUGCAUGUUUGUUAAGAUAGCUCAACAUAGAAUGGAAUCGAAAGUUAGAACUCAGUUCAUAACGGUUAGUUAAGGGAGAUAGCAAGUGCUAUGUACAUUAGCCAUGUUUCCCUAUGUUCCCGGAACUAUUUGUGCUGAGGAAUGCUGAUUGCUUCUGGCUUGCAGAGCCUUUGGGUGUGUA